AUGUUUGGGGGAUUUGGUGGAGACGGGAACCCGUUCGGUGUGCAGUUUAACUUUGGCGACUUUCCGCAGCGGUUCGACGAGCAUUACCGAGUGUAUCCUGUUUCAUUCUGUGACAAGGCGCACCUGGAAGAUGGCGACAAAAUUUUGCUGCCCCCUUCUGCACUCGAGACGCUGGCGCGUCUGCACAUUGAGUAUCCGAUGUUGUUUAGAGUGACAAAUGAAGGCGUUGAGCGCUCUUCGCACUGUGGCGUGCUGGAGUUCAGUGCACCAGAAGGGAGCUGUUACAUGCCAUACUGGAUGAUGCAAAACCUUUUUGUAAAAGAAGGAGGGAUUUUGAAUGUCCAGAAUGUCUCGCUACCAAAGGCAACGUUUGUGAAGCUGCGACCACAGUCUCAAGAUUUCCUAGAUAUCUCCAACCCACGUGCAGUGUUGGAAGGCUCGCUUCGAACUUUUUCGUGCAUGACGGUGGGCGACACAAUUUGUCUCAAGUACAACAACAAGAACUACAUGUUGGACGUGCGUGAAGUGAAGCCUGCGCCUGCUGCGUGCAUUAUCGAGACCGAUUGUGAGGUGGAUUUUGAGCCUCCUGCCGAUUACGUUCCUCCCGUUCCCGCGGCCGCAAACACAGCAGCCCAAGCAGUACCAUCGGAUGUUCCUUAUGGAGGCGUUCCAACAAUGAGUGCAGAAGAUAUGAAGCGUGCUCGUUUCGGUGGGACGGAAUCUGGUGGCUUGCGCCUUAAGAAAAGCGGUGAAAAGAGUACGACAGACGCAGCAGCACUUCGUGCUGCUCGCUUACGCAAGUACGAGGCAUUUCACGGUACUGGUCACUCGCUUAGUGGACAGGGGUCAACGCACGCUAGUGCCACUUCCGUUGGCCAAUGCUUGGGAAGCAGCGGUGUUACACUCGAUGGGAGCGGCAACAGCAGUGCAGCUGUGGCGAGACCUUUUGUUGGCAAUCGAUUGAACGGUGAAGCUGUUUUUGUAGCUGAUGAGGAGGAGAAAGGUGAAGAGAAAAAGCAUGAGGAGGUGACAGAAAGCGACACACUGAAGCCUUUUCACGGCGAAGGGCGACGGCUGAGAUAA